AUGGAAUUAUAUAACUGGAAGCGCCCUACCAGCGUUUUAACAUUGAAAAUUUUUUUCAACGGCAAGUUACCUCUGGAAGCAAAGAACACCAAGCAAUUCAACUGGUGUUCUAACAUAGGAACUGUGAGAGUGAACAGGUUGCCGGGUCUCUCAGCCAAAACAGAUAACGAUAUGAAGAAGGCUGGUCGUGGAUCAAUGGCCCAGUACACAACUGUUGUAGAUGGUUUGUGCAAAGCUAGGAAAGGACCAAAUAGGAAGAGAACUCCGGGUCGACCGAGCAUUGAGUCCCAACUUCAGUUUGCCACAAAGAAGGCACGACAUCGACAGUCUGUGCCAGUUGCUGAUGUUCGUACAGAUGACACCAUCCACUGGCCAUUUUGGACCGUUGAAAGAUUGCGUUGCCGUUUACCUGGUUGUAAUGGUCAAUCACGAGUGUCUUGUGAAAAGUACAAAAUAAGUUUGUGCUUUACAAAGGACAAAAACUGUUUCAGUAGAGGGUUAAACAAUUCGCAAAAAAUCGAGAAGCAAUCUUAUUUCAGUACAAUGAAAGAUGCGACGUAA